UAGUGACUGAAACAUCUAAAUGGUUCAUCCUUGGUUCUCCUGCUGUUCGUGUGUAGACAAAAAGCACAUUAAAAAUGCUCUCCAGCUGACCAAACCCUGAGGUGUUUGGGACUGUCGCAGAAUGGUGCGAGCUCUGCUUUUAGAGACUUGAUGAUAUCAAACCUAUCUUUGUUCCUGAUAAAACUGAUAGUUCUCAGUAUCAAUAAUGGGACUGUUUUGAGGUCUACAGUAAAAACAUGACAUCUUUGGAGAUCCAAUCAAAGGAAAAACAUGCUGCAAAGAUCUGUUUGUGAUCGCUGCAUAUUUUGACAUCUCUUUUGGGAACCCCUGUAGAUGCAGCAAGUUGGUUUCCUGUCUGAAGCAGCUGUCUGGCCUUGGAAAGCCUUGCAAGAAGCAGCAGGAUUCCUGCAYGGUGUGGGCAGAGCUGCCGCCCGGGUGUGGAAGCAGAGUGGAAUCAGGGAGACGCUGGGAAACAAACUCCCACUUUACCUGGAUAAAAUUCAAGACGUUGUCCAUCAAAUGCAGAAUGAAUUGCAAAAUCCAUUGGCAACUUUGAAGGAUGCCUACUACGAUGUAACGCUGAAGCCACUGGAUGGGGUUUGGCGGCAGAAAAUAGAGGAGUACGUGGAGAAGGUCCAGGCUUUUGUGCCCCGGGUUGUGAAGGAUGUUUGSCUAUUGGAACCAAUCCGGGUGGCAAUACGGGCUGUGAAAGCAGGCCUGGAUAUGGCCACACAUCAGAUGCUGAGGUGGGCAGAAGCCACAAUUUCGAGAGCCGUAAGCAAGAUACGGAAGCCCUUACUCAACCUCUACCRUUUUUCAGCCAGGAACUGUUCAGUGGCCAUAAAACUUCCAGUACUUCCUAAAGCAGACCAGUCUCUGGACCUGGCAAAUAUUACUAAUUAUCUCAUUGAAGAGAAGGUAAUGGGACCUCUGAAAGACUUCUACAACAUCAACAUAGUUGCAGAGUAUUAUAGAUUCAAACGGAGGAUGAUGGAGAGUCCCUUUGAACAUCACGCUAUGUUARUAGGGAGCAAGCAUCUUGUGACUUUUGAUGGAAAAAUUUAUGAUUUGGCAUCAAAGUGCAGUGUGCUGCUUGCCAAGGAUUUUGUUCACAAUACUUUCACUGUAAUACUGAACCAGGAAAUUAAUGGCUCAAGAUCACUGUAUGUGGAGAUGAACCAGACUGUGAUCGAUAUCUACCCAAGGCUGAAGAUGUCCAAGAUACAUAACUCCACCUUUAUGGAACAGAACUGCCAAGGAAUGGAUCAAUCCCUUGAAAAGUAUCCUGCUGAUUCAAGGAGAGAAACCACCAGGAUAGAACUGUCUGCUCAGGCCGGCGUUUCCCUCUCGUGUGACGUUCGCUACGAUCUCUGCACUGUCACCCUGGCUGGAUGGCACCACGGUAUUUCAGCUGGGCUUUUCGGUACCAAUGAUAAUGAGGCAGGGAAUGAAUGGAUGCUUCCUAAUCAUUCCCUCACUGACAGUGUGCAGGAAUUCACACAAAGCUGGCAGGUGGACCCGGAGCCGUUCUACGGCAUGUGCGUGCGCGGCAGCUGCGGCGCGGCGGCGCUGGGCGCAGCCUGCAGCUCCGCCGCCGCCUUCGUCCAUUUGUGCGCCCGAAACCUGGUCCCCGUGGGGAUCCCUCCGCAGUGGUAA